AGACACAGCCGUUGCCCAGCACAUAGCAUAACCAACUGCGGUUCAAGCCUCAAUUUAGUUCUCUUGUCCAAUUUGUCCGUACGCAGCUUCUGCUGGUUCACCAUUGGUUGGAUUACUUUAGCCGGCCUAUUUGUGUGACGCUUGAGUGGCUGAUUGGCUGGUUAGAUUUGCCCCGAAGACGGAAUCUUCUGGAAAGCCAAAACUGACCGACAUCUUUUUGUAUUGUGUACAGUACAACACAUACGUAUUGCUGCAGAGACUGUGGAGCAGGUGACCAGUCAGCCAUCUUUACUUUGCUUGUCAUCCUAAAUAAGCUACACCGCUUACUGCAGGAAAUUGGCUCUCAGAACAAACACUCCUAUUGUGAGCCUAGAAAUAGCCCAGACAUUGUUCCUUUCUGCUUGUAAGAACACCAUCCACUCGCUGCUGAGCAGACAUGGCUUCCGAUGACUUUGAUAUUGUGAUAGAGGCAAUGUUGGAGGCUCCCUAUAAAAACCAAGAAAGAGAGGAAGAAAUUCCAAGUAAGGAGAUAAAUAAGGAGCAGGAAAUCGGUGGCAAUCGGUCUGGAAAUGCUGGCAGCAGCACUAAAAAGAGGAGUAGGACACGAAGUGGAGAUCGACAUAGAAGGCAAGUCCGUAGUAGAGAUAGACAUAGACACCGUAGCAGCAGAGAUAGGCAUAGAAGCCGUGAACGUCGGCACAGGAGCCGCAGCAGGGGAAGACGGUAUAGCUCUAGAAGUCGUAAUCGACGACGUGAGGAGCGCUCAAGGCACCGCAGUACAAGUCACCGCUACACUCGCAGUAGGAGUCGCAGUCCCCGUUACAAAGAGAGAAGCCCCUUACGGCAACCCGAAAGCACUUUGACUCCAGAGGAACGGGAUGCCCGAACUGUGUUUUGUAUGCAGCUGGCUGCACGUAUUCGUCCACGUGACUUAGAGGAUUUCUUCUCAGCUGUUGGAAAAGUGCGCGAUGUAAGGAUCAUUUCAGACAGAAACUCUCGCAGAUCAAAAGGCAUUGCGUAUGUUGAAUUUGUUGACAUUCAGUCAGUGCCUCUAGCUAUUGGUCUAACAGGUCAGAGGUUGUUGGGUGUACCCAUCAUUGUGCAGGCUUCACAGGCUGAGAAGAACCGCAUGGCUGCUAUGGCUAAUAAUCUCCAGAGAGGAAAUUUUGGACCCAUGCGUCUCUAUGUGGGAUCUCUGCACUUUAACAUCACAGAGGACAUGCUGAAGGGAAUAUUUGAGCCUUUUGGGAAGAUUGAGAAUAUUCAGCUCCAGAGGGAACCUGAUACAGGACGGUCAAAGGGCUAUGGAUUCAUAACAUUUUCAGAUGCAGUGUGUGCUCGCCGGGCUCUGGAUCAGUUGAAUGGAUUUGAAUUAGCAGGCCGACCAAUGAAAGUCGGUCAUGUGACAGAACGUGCUGACGGCAAUACCGAUGUCUCAUUUCUGGACAGUGAUGAUCUUGAGAGAAGUGGGAUCGAUCUAGGGGCAACAGGACGCUUGCAGCUUAUGGCUAAAUUGGCUGAAGGUACAGGCCUUCCGCUCCCUCUUGCUGCUCUGCAACUGAACGGAUCUAUUCCACUCACUUCCCUGAACCCCACCCUCUCAGCUCUUAACCCAGCUCUCAAUUUGGUGACGCAAUCAGUCUCUACACAGUGCUUCCAGCUUUCACAACUCUUCAAGCCACAAACUAUGUAAAAUACAGAAUCACUGCUCUACCGACCAAUUCCAAACUCCUCUUUGUGAACUGCACUGACUCUUCUUAUUUGUAUACUUGCGUUUAGUAAGGGUGGGUGAAUCAGCAGCACAACCUAGUGAGAACUCCUAAGAUGGCAUUGAUUUAUGGAGAUUGUUCACUGAACUUUUGGGAAGGCAGCCCUUAUUUGUAAAUAUUUUCCUAUUUUAUUUUCAUUUUCUGUAGGAUUGGGUUUUUUUUUUUUUUUUUUAUAUUCAUAUUAUUGUAGGGGUUUCUCCCAACACUUUUGUAAAUAUUUUUCUGUGUGCUUUGCCUCCAUACAAAUCUUUAAACCCAAAACCUCCUUGGAAGGGCCAAGAUUUGUUGAAUUUGUAAAUAGUGACACUAGUAGAUGGCUUGUGCAACCAUUGUAUAUAUGCACUGUAUAAUAAACACUGAUCUACACUGCAGAAAGUAAAACUGUGAGCCAUUCACCAAGGUACCCCUGGUAUUUUGAUGGGUCUGUGAAGCACAAGAAGUACAUUUGUCAUCUUGCUCAUUCAAACUCUGUCAAAUGCUAUGUCCUCUCACAUUGUACUACCCCAUCGGAGUCUACAGCAGUAUAACCUUCCCAUUGGCUGUAGUGGUGUAUUUCUUUUAAAUGAGUAUUGCAUUAAACUACACAUGCAAUGAGCAGAACAGCACUGUAAAAGCAGCAAAACUACCUCGAAUUCCAGGAUCAUAAAUAAGCAAUUGGCACGUGUAAGUUUAUGCUGUUUUCAGAACACUGUAGGAAUUUAACAUUUCUUUACCCCAUUAGGUUUGUAAUUGAUGUUUGGGGUGUCGAAGAGAUUUGGAUGAUUGCACUUAAGUGUGGACAUAGAACCACUGCCUUAUUGUGUGUGGAUGUUACACACACUCCAACCCAUUAUUUGCAAAUAUCUUCGAUAUGACCAUGCCAUUGAGAGAUGGUGAUUUGACUUGUAGCACACCACAUGGCUAAGGUCAAUGCCUAGUAUUAGAUAAAACGUGUGAUAAACCUGAUCCUCUGUCCGUAGCAGUAAGACUUCCUGUAAAUUAGACCAGAUAGCUUUCUAAGUGAAGUAUCCAAUGUCCCUAACACAUGCCAGUUUACUUCCCAUCUUACACUAUGUAAUAUGUUUUUGGAGAUUUUUUUUUUUUUUUUUGUGGUGAUUUUGUCUGGGGAGGGUUAAAAGGGUUUGGGUUCUCUGGAAGCGAAGAAGAUACUGAAUACCAGGCCUGACCAAUUUAAUUUUCCUAACGUAUAAGUUUUGUUUUUAUUUUAAUUUUUUUUUUUGUUUUUUUAAGUAACAUAUAAAUCUAUUUUAGUGAAAUAAAAAAAGUAUCAAUCCA